UUGGAAGAUGAUGAGAAAAUGGGGACAAUGGGACACCCAGACCACAUUUCCUUCUCUCCCCUUUCUCUAGUGUGUGGACGACCUGUAUACUCAGGCCGUAUUGUGGGUGGCCAGGAUGCUGUUGAGGGGCACUGGCCUUGGCAGGUCAGCCUGCACUAUGGCCAGACUCACAUCUGUGGAGGUUCCCUCAUCAGUGACAGAUGGAUACUGACAGCAGCACACUGCCUACAAAAGACCUGGAUUCCUUUCAUAUAUUCUGUGUGGCUGGGAUCGAUUAAAAUAGACUAUUCAAAUAACGGUGUGAAACAUCAUGUGUUCAAAAUAAUUCUCCCUCCCCAAUACCAAAAUACAACUGCAGACAUUGCUUUAUUGAAACUGGCCUCUAGAGUCACCUUCACUUCUUUUAUCCUGCCCAUCUGCCUGCCCAAUAACACAAAGCAGUUGACAAUUCCUGGCUCUUGCUGGGUGACUGGAUGGGGACAAGUUAAGGAAAAUGAAGGUAAUUACACUCCCACCCUCCAGGAAGCAGAAAUACCCAUCAUUGACCGCCAAACUUGUGACUAUCUCUACAACCCACUCAUCGUCAUAGUACCAGAAUUAGAGGCACUCAUCAAGGAAGACAUGAUUUGUGCUGGUGAUAUUCAUAAAAAGGAUAGCUGCAAGGGUGAUUCUGGAGGGCCUCUGUCAUGUCAUAUUGAUGGUGUAUGGACCCUGAUAGGGCUGGUAAGCUGGGGAUUAGGAUGCGGUAAAUCUCUUCCUGGAGUCUACACCAAUGUGAUCUACUAUCAAAAAUGGAUUAAAGCCACUAUCUCAAGAGCUGAGGUUUGGGCCAACAAUCUGGAUUUAUUAUUGUUCCCUAUUUUGCUGUUCUCUUUGGCUCUCCUGGUACCCUACUGUGCCUUUGGGCCUAACAUCUUAAGGAGAGUACACAGUAAAGCUAAAGCCACUGACCAAGUACAGGGCUAGGAAGAGAAAGCAUGGAGAUCAUUAGUUUACGUGUCCCACGAGAUGAAAAAGUUUAAAAGUCGCUGGGCUAUAACAAUGAACAAAGAAAUCUCCAACAGCCCCCAGGCCGAGUCCCUCAGCUGCUGGCGAGUCUCCAUGCUGGAAUGCGGCGGCCAGGCGGGUGCCCAGGAAAAGGAGCCAGGCGGGAUGGCUAUGGAAAGAUGUUGCAUUGAAGGGAAGACCCUCCACCAACAAAAAGAUACGACUCGCUUUAUUGCGGUGGUAGAACCAAGCCUGCAAUAUCUCUGA